AUGUCGAUUAUGAGCUAUACUGGAGGAACUGUUGUCGCCAUGGCUGGUGAUGAGUAAGUAUUGUGGUUUUUCGGGGGGAAGUUGGGGUUUUCAUGAGUUUUGGAGGGGAUUUUUGGGGGUUUCAAGGAAUUUGGAGCAGUUUGAGUGUGAAUAGCUGGAAAUUUCAGCCAAAACCAUGGAUUUUCAGUGGGAAACGAAAAAAUGAUGAUUUUUCGCUUUUCUGAGGUUUUUAAGAGGAAUUUCUUGGAAAAUCUUGAUUUUUCAAGAGUUCUAAGGGGAAUUUUCGGGAUUUUCAGCGAAAUUGCAUCAUUUUGACUGAAAAUUUCAGCCAAAAUCAUGGAUUUUCAUUGGGAAACGAAAAAAUGAUGAUUUUUCGCAUUUCUGAGGUUUCUAAGUGAAAUUUCAUGGAGAAUCUUGAAUUUUCAAGAGUUCUAAGGGGAAUUUUCGGGAUUUUCAGCGAAAUUGCAUCAUUUUGACUGAAAAUUUCAGCCAAAACUAUGGAGAGAAGGAAAUUCUUGGUUUUUCAAGGGUUUUUGGGAUCUUCAUCAGAUUCUGAGCAUUUUCAUUAUAAAAUUCUGAAAAUUUAAAGGAAAUUUGGGAAAAAUGAUGACAAUUCGAAGAAAUUAUUGAUUUGUUCAUAUUUUUGAAAACUUUAGCCAAAAAUACAGUUUCUUAGUUAAAAAAUCAUAAAAAUUUCAAAUUUCGGACUGAAAAUUAGAAAAAAUCAUUUCUUGAACCGCAUUUUCAGUCAAAAAUGCCACCAAAAGCUUCCGAAUAGUCUGAAAAUCCAAAUUUCAGCUUCAAAGCCUAUUCCAACAUUCAAAAAUCAAUAAUUUAACGUUGAAAGUCAAUUUCUAGCUUUAAAAUGUAUGUAGGACCAAAAAACCGCCGAAAAUUCGAAUUUCCUAUCUAAAAAUCACUUUUCGGACCACUAUAGACCUUAAAAUCACCAAAAUUCCUAAUUUCAGAUGUGUUUGCAUCGCUUCGGAUUUGCGUAUCGGUGAACAAAUGACAACAAUCGCGACGGACGAGAAAAAAGUGCACAAAGUGUCGGAUAAAGUGUAUGUCGGACUGGCCGGCUUCCAAUCCGACGCCAAAACGAUGCUCGAGAAGAUUUUGUUCCGCAAAAAUUUGUACGAGUUGAGAGAGAAUCGCAAAGUUCGACCACAGGUAAAAUUUGGCUCAUUUUUGAUGUAAAAUUCAUGAAAAACGGAGAAAAACAUGAUUUUUGAUGAAAUUUGAUCCGGAAAUCGUUGAAAUCGCGAAUUUUUGACGAAAAAUAGCAAAUGCGCUCCAUUGAACUCUUCCCGUUUUCAAGAAAAAUUCAAAUUUUCAUUUUUUUUAUUUUUGACCAAAAAUUGAGGAAAUUUGGAAAUUUUCUGAUUUUUUAGCUGAAAAAAUCCACGUGGCUUUGAAAAUUGGGCCUAGGCUUAUUCGGGCCCAGAAAAGUCCGAAUUUUCGGCCUGAAAACGAGCCUAGGCUUAUUCAGGUUCAAAAAAAUCACAAAAAUUAGGACUAGGCUUAUUCGGGCUCACAUCAGAAAAUCCUGAUUUCUCGGCCUGAAAACGAGCCUAGGCUUAUUCAGGUUCAGAAAAAUCACAAAAAUUAGGCCUAGGCUUAUUCGGGCUCAAAAAAUCCCGAAUUUUCGGCUUGAAAACGAGCCUAGGCUUGUUUGGGCUCAGAAAAUCCCGAUUUUUUGGCCUGAAAACGAGGCUAGGUUUAUUAGGCCUAAAAAUUGGGCCUAGGAUUAUUUGGACUCGAAAAAUCCCGAAAUUCGGCCUGAAAACGAGCCUAGGCUUAUUUGGGCUCAAAAAAUCGGGCCUAGGCUUAUUCGGGCUCAGAAAAUCCCCAAUUUUUUUUCCAGAUUUUGUCCGAAAUGAUCUCAAACCUCUGCUAUCAACACCGUUUCGGCUCGUAUUUCACCGAACCCUUGGUUGCCGGUUUGGACGAUCAAAAUAAGCCGUAUAUUUGUUGUAUGGACACAAUUGGAUGUGUUUCGGCGCCACGCGAUUUUGUCGCAAUCGGAACUGGACAAGAAUAUUUGUUGGGUGUUUGUGAGAGUGAGUUUUUGAUGAAAAUCAGCAAAAUUUGGCUGAAAAUGAGCCAAAAAUCGUGAAAAAUGAUGAAUUUUGAGCUAAAAAUCAUGAAAAAUGAUGAAUUUUGAGCCAAAAAUGGCAAAUGCGCUCUAUUGAACUCUUCCCGUUUUCAAGGAAAAUUCAAAUUUUUAUUUUUUUUCUAGAUUUUUGGCAAGAGAACAUGAAACCCGAAGAAUUGUUCGAAGCCACAGCUCAAUCGAUUUUGUCGUGUUUGGAAAGAGAUGCUGCAUCUGGAUGGGGUGCUGUUGUUUAUACGAUUACUAAGGAUAAGGUGAGAAUUAUUGAUUUUUGACUGGAAAUACUGGAAAAUUCAUGAAAAAUGCGGAAUUUUGAGCUAAAAUUCAUGAAAAAUGAGCUAUUUUGAGCCAAAAAUAGCAAAUGCGCUCUAUUGAACUCUCCCCGUUUUCAUGGAAAAUUCAAAUUUUUAAUUUUUUUUUUCACCUGAUGAAUUUCCCUAAUUUUCAGGUCAAUGUCUCCACCAUCAAAUCGAGAAUGGAUUAA